AUAUAUAUAUACUCUAUAUACCGACAAAAUGGAAUACAGGGAUGACGGAAACGACGAAGAAAUAUUUGCAGACAAUUUGUCAGAUUAUUCGUCGGAUGGUGAUAUUCAUAGUGAUAGUGAGGAUGUGAGCGACGAUACAGACAUUAUUCCGGGAUCUCGAAGAUUCACCCGUCGAACUAUUUUGUCUGAUUCUGAAUCAAGUUCUGACGAACAUGAAGAAGAAUGGUCAUCGAUUGAUAAUCCUCCAGUUCUAGAGGAGUUUUUAGGUUACAGUGGGAUAAAUGUUGAUACUGUUCCCAAAUCCAUAACUGAUGCGACGAAUUUGUUUAUUGGUGAUGACUUGUUUACAUAUUUUGUUGAGGAAUCGAAUAGGUAUUAUUACCAAAAUAUAAAUAAGUUCACGAUACCUAAAAAAUCAGUGAAAUGGAAGGACAUCACGAUCUCUGAAAUGAAGAAAUUCUUGGGACUAAUUAUUUUCAUGGGGCAAGUUAGAAAAGAUAGAAGAGACGAGUACUGGACAACAUAUCCCUGCACAGAAACACCAUUCUUUGCAAAAACAAUGUCUAGAGAUAGAUUUAGACAAAUAUGGAAGGCGUGGCAUUUCAACAAUAACGAGAAUACUACCGGUGCAUCUGACAGAUUGAUCAAAGUCAGGCCCAUAAUUGAUUAUUUUCAACCAAAAUUUAUGAAAAUAUACAAACCUAAACAGCAGCUCUCUUUAGAUGAAGGCAUUAUACCUUGGAGAGGACGGUUAUUUUUUAGAGUUUAUAAUGCCGGAAAACUCACAAAAUAUGGUAUACUGGUGAGAAUGUUAUGUGACAGCGAAACAGGAUAUAUUUGUAACAUGCAAAUUUAUUCUGCUCAGGGAAUACGGCUGAUAGAGACAAUACAUAUACUUGUAGCUCCAUAUACAGAUGUCAACCACCAUUUAUAUAUGGAUAACUACUAUAAUAGUGUUGAUAACACUAUAGCUCUUUUGAAAAAAAAAAUUAGAUUAUGUGGAACCAUCAGGAAAAACAGAGGUUUACCGGAGUGUUUAAAAAAAACAAAUCUCAAAAAAGGACAGACAAUAUUUCGCCGCAAAGGGGAUGUUUUACUUCAAAUCUGGCAAUCGAAGAAAGAAGUUUGCUUUAUUUCAUCUAUACAUUCGGCGGAAAUGAAAGAGAGUCACAAUAUUGACAGAACAACUCAUCAAAAAAUAAUUAAACCAAAUGCAUUGCUUGAUUACAACAAAUUCAUGAAAGGUGUCGAUCGUGCCGAUCAGUAUUUGUCUUAUUAUUCGAUAUUACGAAAGACUACGAAAUGGACAAAACGAGUAACCAUGUACAUGAUAAAUUGUGCAUUGUUCAAUUCCUUUGUUGUUUAUAACUCAACAAAAAACAACAAAGUAAAAUAUAAAAAAUUUUUAAACGACGUAGCUUUGCAUUGGGUUACUGAUUCGAUACCAACUGAAGAGGAUACCAACGCUCAAGAGGCAGGGCCAUCUACUUCCGGGAAGAGGGCGCCUAAAACCGAUCCACCAGGAAGACUGUCAAUGGAUAUGAGGAAACACGUUAUCGAGAAAAUUGUGGGAACCGGGAAGAAAAAAUAUGCGCAAAGAAUAUGUCGUGUGUGUGCGUCUCAAAAAGUGCGAAGUGAAACUUGUUUUAUGUGCACAUUUUGCGGCGUACCUCUUCAUAGAGGUAAAUGUUUUGAGCGCUACCACACCUUAACACAUUAUUAG